AUGUCCUCUGCUCCAGCCUCCAGGUCCCGGCACCAUCCUCAAGGCACGUCGUGGACGGCGUGGCUCUGCCUCCUGCUCCUGCUAACUGCUUGUGUGCCCACGGCCGGCACCAACCCCGGCAUCAAGGCCCGGCUCACCCGGAGGGCACUGGAAUUCGGCCGGCAGUUUGGGCUGGAGAUGCUCCAGUCGCUGCUGCAGAAGGAGCACAAGCUGAACCUGACCGGCUCCUACUACAGCCCACUCCUGGGGACACUCACCUACACCGUGCCCCGGAUCCACAUCCACGAGCUGCAGAUAAAUGAUUCCACCGUGGACUUCGCUGAGGAUGUGGGGGUGAAGCUGAUGGUGCAGCACACUCGUGUCCGGCUCAGCGCCGACUGGGGAGCCCAGCUGGGCGCCAUCCAGGACAGGGGCUCCAUCGAAAUCCGCAUGCGUGACCUGGCCGUGGCGGCAGUGCUGGAGGAGAGCGUGGAUGGCAGCGGCCGCCCCGUGGUGUGGAGCGCUGGCUGCGAUGCCCGUGGCACCGACCUGCACUUGGAGUUUCACCGUGGACACAGCUGGCUCUACAACUUGCUAGCACCGCUGUUCCAGAGAGCCCUGCGGCAGGAUCUGAACAAGCAGCUUUGCCUCGAGCUCCGCAGGGGUGUCGGCAGGCUGGAGGCUGCCCUGAAGCAUGUGAAAGUGUCCGCCCAGCUGGACCCCUUCGCCGCCAUUGACUACUCCCUGCUGGGGCGGCCGGCCAUCAUGGCAGAGCAUGGGGACGUCGCCUUCAAGGGGGAGUUCUUCAGGGUGGGCAAUUUCCAGCAGAGACCCUCCUCGGCAAAGCCCGUGGCACUGCCCGUGGCGUUGCCUGCGGCUCUGCCCAUGGCACAUGAGCCCAUGCUGCUGCUGGCUGUCACAGAGUUCGUUGCCAACUCCGCCGCCUUCACGUACUUCACGGCCGGAGCUCUGCGCAGGAACAUCUCCAGCAACAUGCUCCCACGGCGGUUCCCGCUCCAGCUGAGGACCAAGAACAUGGGGCUUUUCUCCCCACAGCUGCAGGAGCGCUACCCGGACCAGCCCAUGGAGCUGCACCUCUCAGCUCGCCGGCAGCCCCUGCUCUCCUGCCACCCUGACGCCCUGCAUGGGGCCCUCUUCAGCUCCGCCGAGGCCUUCGUGGUGCUGCCCAAUGCCACUCGUGUCCCCGCUUUUCUGCUGAACAUCGACGCCAAUGUGACAGGGAAGCCAACCAUCACUGGGAACAGGCUCGGGGGCACCGUGAGCCUGAAGGGGCUCAGCGUGGCACUGGUGACAUCGCAUGUGGGCCCAGUGGAGGUGAGUGGCCGUGCAUGA